AUGAUCCGCCGCAUUGGAUACCUUAGGGACGAUGGAAUGUGCAUCAUCGGGAUGGAACGUGCUGUGCUUAUUCCAUUGGUCAUCUUUGAAGUCAUCGUCAACUUAUACCUCACAACAACCUUCUUAGUACCUAUCCGCAAUCUCCACUCCUAUGAUCAUAAUCCCAGGCUUAAAAAGAUGGUCAUCCGAACCUUUGUCGGAUCCCUCGCUACACUAACGUCUACUGUCGUUAAUAUUGUCAUGAUGACGGUUCUUAAUGGGGAACCUGCCUGGAUGUGUUUCAUGAUAUGCAAUACUGAUAUCCUCUUCACAACUCUCGUGUUGCACUGGGUCACCGUGUCUGAUUCCGUGGGCACUUCACAGAACGAAUCACCUCGCACUCCAGGGCACAGUUACGGCUACAGUAAUAAUAACACGAACUCAGAUGGUAGCACGAACCGAACUUCACUGAAGCAUGCGGAGACGAAAAACACAAUCUACCAGAGUUCAGGCGCUGCUCAAGGAGUUGCAGGAACUCGAAAGACCGGGAGCCAGGUGGGUAUGGCGAUUAUUGGUGAAGAAAGCCGUGCCACAGGAGAAAACACGCAUCAAGUUCAGCGGACUCCAUUAAGUUCCGAUGACAACAGUUCAGGUUCAUAA